UGUAAAAACUGACGUAUAAAUAGGUUGGAAGCGCGAAUCCUGCGCCAGUGAACAAGAUGGGACUUUAUAGUGUAGUGAGCGUGUUAGCGCUUGUGGCCUUAACCCAAGCUUCAGUAAACGAUAAUGACAUUGAAGGCGGGGAAAGAGUUGUGCUGGUUGCGCCGGUUCUAGCGCCGCCCAGGGACUCAAGGACUCAUGAGCGGUCGCGCCAGUUCCCGAUAUUAGUGCUCCUUGCUCAGAGGAAUCCGCCGCCGAAGGAGCCCCAGGCUAAAUCGUUGGGGGUGAAUCCACAGCCUAUUUAUGUUCAGAAAUUAGAAGACCAACAGAGAUCCGGUCAAUUGAAUAGACAAAAGCGUCAUCUGCAUAAGCUGUUAGGACUAGGGCUUGGAGGCGGAGGUGGCGGCAUUUCGUUUGGCGGCGGUUUCGGAUAUGGCGGAGGUGGUGGAUAUGGCGGAAACGGUGGAUAUGGCGGAAACGGUGGCUAUGGCGGAGGAAGUGGCUAUACAGGUGGCUACGAGGGCGGAUAUGGAGGACAUGGCGGAUAUGGUGGCGGCCACGGAGGAUACCAAGAGCCCACCAAGACCAUUGUCGUGAAAGUUGUGAAAGAACACGGCCAUCACAGUCAUGGCGGAUAUGAAGGUGGCCAUAGAGGAGGCAACUACGGAGGCAACUUUGGCAGCGGCCAUAGUAACGGCGGCUUUGACGGAGGAUAUGGCGGGGGUUAUGGCUUCGGAUUCGGCGGGGGUGGCGGCGGCGGCGGUGGCGGUGGCGGCGGCGGCGGUGGCGGCUUCGGUGGUUACGGUGGCGGUGGCGGCGGCGGUGGUGGCGGCGGUGGUUACAGUGGCGGCUCUGAAGGUGGAAACGGGGUAUAUGGCGGCAAUAAUUUUGUACAGCCGAGUCAUGGAGGCUGCGGAGGUGGGUGCGGGGGUAAUUACGGCGGGGAUAAAUCCUCAGCCACCGCUACCGUUACUGCGACAGCAACGGCGAAUGCUCAAUCUGGGUAUGGAAAACGUAAAUAAUCUUUUGGAAGACAUAACCAAUGGAUUACAUUUGAAAACCAAAUCACCUAAUUCUCAUAAUGUUAAUUGUACCGACACGUGAGAGCUUUUAUGUUUAUUGCUCUGUGAUUCUGAUUAGGAUUUUAAACCAAAUAGCUUUAGUUAUUUAAAGCAAUUACUAACAACUUGCAUACAAAUUUACUGCCAAUUGUGUAUGCUUCUGUGAUCGAGUAUAGGACGUGAUGACAGAAUGCUAAAGAGUUGCGUGUUUGCUCAUUGGUGUAACAGCCCGUUCCCACUUGCCAGUUGUCAGGUGUCGGGACGGACAUGUGUAUUAUAUAUUUGUACCAAUCUACUGACAUAGAGAAAUAGAAUUAUUUAAUGAAUAUAAUACAAGGAAACGACUCUCGAGAAAUUUUAGUAGAAGGCACCAAGAAUUGUAACGAUUUCGCAUUUUGACUUUCGGGUGUCGGGUGCUUUGGUGGCCAAACAUUUUCUAUGUAGCUGUUCGAUAUCUAAUCUACAUCGAAAAUCCAUUACUGAUGCUCGUCUCGUGCAAAGUAACGAAAAGGGGCUUUAGGGUCGAUGCUUUUUUAGUAGAUCGCAAGUCGGACCUGCGACAUCCUAAAAAACAGGUUCCGACACCCGACAAGUGGGAAUGAGCGCUUAGCUCUUAGUUUGCAUUAAUUUGAAAAAAGAAUGAGAAAAACUUCUAUAAUUACCACUUUAAAUGCUUCUCGAGGCCCGUACCCCCGCUUGGCUAAGGUCAAACGAUGAGUAAAACGACACCUAUAUUUAAAAUCAAUGCAAACUAUUAUGAGUAAAAAAAUUGUCUGAUUACAAUUUUGUUUUAUGCCUAAGUACCUAUUAAUAAUAUUAAUGUAAUAUAGUUAUGAUAUACCUAUCUGCGUUUAAUUAUUACCACUACGAUUUCAUUGUUUGUUCGCGAUACAACAACUUUACUUUUAUUCAAAAUUAACCACUUAAAUUAACUAAGUAAAAAUAUAUAACAUCGGUAAGUAGGUAUUAUUAUUUUUGCGAAUUGUGAAUAUCAAUAUUAUUACCGUGCAUUCGUAGAAAUAUAGUAAGAUACCUAGAUGCUCAAUUCUGUGAAUAAAAAACAUACGUGAAGUA